GCGCUGAAUGGUCAGCCUUGCGCAUUGCGCAGGGGCCCACUUAAAUAAUUUUACGAUCCCUCCUUCAGCCGCCUGCCAGACUUGCUUCACCCAGUUCAACUCAACAUCCAUUUCAUCGCCGCAACAAAGCCGACAUUGUUGCCCAUCACCACUACGCAUAUCCUCACACCCAGUCUCUCUCGGAUCGUAUCAUUCCAUCAGAUCAACAACAUGUCUGACUUUGGCGACGACGACCGCGAUCCCAUCGCCGAUGAGCCCGCCUUCGAGGAGGACCCCGAUGAGUACUACGAGCCAGUGGAAGAUGACGAAGCCGACAACCGCCCCGUUGGCGAUGACGAAGACCCAAACCAAGUAGUCAACUCUGGCGACCCCAACGCGGCCGCCAACCACGGCAAGGGCACUGAGAAGUCGCACAAGGACAAGAAGAUUCCCAACGACCAGCGCAAGACAACACCAUAUAUGACCAAGUACGAGAAGGCGCGCAUUCUCGGCACAAGAGCUCUCCAGAUCAGCAUGAAUGCGCCUGUGCUGGUUGACCUUGAGGGUGAGACGGAUCCCCUGCAGAUUGCCAUCAAAGAGCUCAGGGAAAAGAAGAUUCCCCUCAUUGUGCGCCGGUACAUGCCUGAUGGAACGUACGAGGACUGGACCUGCGAGGAACUCAUGCAAUGAUUAAUUCACGUUUAUACGAGCACAUACAACAAGAAUGAGAAAAACCAAAACUGCAUUAGCGACGGCGUUGGGGUAUUUUGCCAUUGGUGCGUUGGAUUAGACAGAAUGGGCUAGGUGCGUCGUGGCGGUUGUUGUGGCUGUUUGCACGAGUCUUCUCUGCGGUAGUCACAAGACUCGACAGUUUCGCAGACAGGCAAACACGCGCCGCGGUGGAAGGGCAGCAUAUUUGAGAGCUACAUAAUUUGAGAGCUGACGGAAUCAAACUGUCGAUGUCUCUAUUUGUGGUAGCAGCUGGGCUCGACCAAGAAAGCGCCUAGGUGGAUAGGUUGGUCUGUUCAAGCUGAAAGAGGUCUGGACGAAUUGAAUCUUCGCUUAUCGCGCUCAUUCUAGUCUUCAUUCGCCAUCACUUUACUAAAGGCUUAGGGUGCCUAUGAGCAUCAAUCAUUCUCACAAGGAUGACAGAAAGUAUCUCGCGAUCUUCAAAUUCGAAGGAAGACGAGUUCUUCUUGUGGAGAGUUUGAUACUUGGCAAGCACAGCGAGCCAAUACCACUAUUGCAGAAGAUAUCACAAUGCAUAUUGCCCGCCGAAAUUCUGUC